CUAUAAUGCCCCUUAUCAGCAGGGCACAAUUUUUCAUAAAGGAAAAACCUAGGAGUUGUGACUAAAAUGAAAUACCGCCACUGACCUGGGUUCCAGCUCUACGGGCCAUGUCUCAAGCGUUGCAUUCCGUCACCAAGACCGCCCCCGGUCGUGGAGUGCCCAACAGCAGGUGUCUCCCAUGUUUGGGUGUUUCUGGAAAAACAGCUGUUGUAUAUUCAUGCUCUUCUCGAGGUGAUUGCAGAACUUAUUCAAAUGUUAAUUUUAAAGGGCUAAAGUGUGCUUCUGUUGGAGCAUCUUUUGUGUGUGAAGCAAGGAGGAAUCCAGAUAUCUCAAGGCAAAGCAAGCAUGGAUUCUCUCGAAGCAAACACAGGCAUGGUGAAGGGAAAGGCAACUUUGAGAACUUCGAAGAAGACAUGUUAUCUUCAAAAAAUGGCCCAUUGACAUCCCUUUCUUCUUCUAGCAUCCCAAAAUCCCAGGCCACUGCAGCUCCUGGACCUAAGGAGAAGGAGAUUGUCGAACUAUUUAGGAAGGUUCAAGCUCGGUUACAAGAGAGAGUUGCUACCAAAGAAGGAAAGAAGGCCGAAGCCUCCCAAGGGCAAGGUAGAGACAAUGGCACUGUAGAUUCCCUCCUCAAAUUAUUGAGAAAACAUUCGGUAGAACAAGUAAAAAGAAGCAGUGGAAAUGUUAGAGGAAAGGAUUCAAUUUUGGAGCAAGACAGUGGCCAGUACAACGAAGGACAGAGCCUUAGGUUUUCUGAUUUGGAUAGUACUGCAAAGGAUGAUGAGACUCGAGAAGCCAACGCCCCAUUUGUCACCAGGCCUCGAUCAAAUUUCCAAAGAAGGUCUCCUAUUGCUCGUGUAAAAUACCAGCCUGUCUCUUAUGAUGUGGAAGAUGUAAAUGCAAUCCCACUAAGCAGUGAAGUUGGAGAGAAAAAUCAGGAUAAAGCAGGUCUGGGUUUGAUGCCUGAGACUGAUUUAGAGCCCGAGUCUGAGUUAGAACCUGAUCCAAAGGAUGAUAUUUUCUUCCAAGAUGUUGGGAUGGAUGAGUUGGCGGAGGAUGAUACAAAUGAUUCUGAACGAUCCUUCAUUAACGGGGAUGGAGAAGGGAAGGAAGUGAUUCAGAAUAAGGAUUUGAGUGCACUGAAGCUGUCCGAAUUGAGGGUACUAGCGAAGUCACGAGGCCUAAAAGGAUUUUCAAAAAUGAAGAAGGGUGAACUAUUGGAAUUGCUAGGUUGAAGCUGAUUCUGAUCUCAGGUUUGCCAAAGAAGCAAAAACAAGGGAUAGCAAUAAUCUUUACCAGGCUGGUGAAUUUGCCAUCGUUGUUAAUGAAAAACUUCCAAGUUCCAGCAGUUUUGAUUGCUUUCUAUUUCUCUGAAUUGUUUAGCUUAUGAAAGAUAGUCUGUAGGGGAAGGUACAAUUUACUCUUAUGAACUGUGAAUUUUAAAAACGCAGCAAAAUCUCACGAGCUUUAAAAGUACACAUAACACCCCCUGAACACUAUUUUUAUGGGUAUGUUUGUUGUCCUUCGUCCGUGCCUGGGAGUUGAAGCGCUAGUUACAUUUUGAAAAUUUUUGAGGGUUUGUUACGUUUUGCUGUUUAUGUAUUAAUUUUAUUUAUGAUUGGAUUAAUACUUCAUGGGGGCGAAA